AUGACUUCCCGUGUCACAGUUCAACAGGUUAUGGGCCGCACUUCGGCUUAUAUUAAUCUUACUUCCUCUGAAAAACUCACUCCUCUCAACUAUCAUGUCUGGGCUACCAAAAUUCUUUUGGGUCUUCGUGCUAUGAAUAAUGGUGUCCAUCUUUAUGUCGAAGCUGGUACUGUCAAUCCAGCUGCCAAUGAAUCCCUUGAAGACCUCACCGCCUCGCUUGAUACCGUCGUCCAUGAUGUCAUCCUCAACAAUAUUUCUCCUGAGUUGAUCGAACAUGUUAAUGAUGUGGCCAUUAGAGGCCGUGACCUCUGGCUUUACCUUCAUCAGGAGUAUAGUCAACUCCAACCCGCCGAUGUCAUCUCACUUAUGAAAUCCCUCUAUGCUGGCAAUAUUGAUGUUGGUCCAAAGUUUGUUUCUUCUGUUCGCUCUUAUGUUGCUACCUGGCGUUCCAUCUACCAAUCAUUGUCGCCUGAUUCGGUCGUGGCCUUCAACGCUUUGGCUUCAAUGGGUCCCAAUUGUGAGCGCUUCAUCCAGUAUGCCUUGGAGCACCGCUUUGAUAGUAACAACAAUACUGACAACCUUGAUAUUAACAACUUCAUCCGGAACACUGAUAAAUGGGCCAAGUUGUUGAAGAUUACUGGCCCUCCAGCUACUCUUUCGACUGAAGCGUUCGUUGCUUCAUCAAAGAAGUACAAUAACAAAUCUAAGGGUGAUGGUAUCAAAUGUUUCCGUUGUAAGAGGCGUGGUCAUACUUCCAACAAUUGUCAUGUCUCUUGGGAAGAGGUUCAGGCUGCUCGCCAAGAUAAUAAGGAUGACAAGGAAUCUAAGGAGGCUAAAACCUCAAGAGGUUGGUUUGCUGAGACUAUUGAUGAAUUUUCUGAGAUAGUUGAUGAUGAUCCAUUUGUGAGUUCCGCUUUUGUGUCCGAGACAUCUGUUGUUUCUGAAAAGUUUGGUAACAGUUGUUCCGAGUCGUUUGAUGAUUUGGAAUCCGAACUUUUUGAUUCUUCUGAGCCGUGUGUCGGCGAUGAAGAUUGUUUUGUUAGUCAAGUUUCUGAGUAUUGUUCAAACUCAGGACUUGAUAUUGAUUCAGUUGGUAAACCGUUUGUUGGUUCCACUGAUGAUUCUUGUUUUAUUUCUGAACCGUAUGUCGGUUCUACUGUUGUUUGUUUGGAGUCUGAACCGUGUGUCAAUUCAGCUCCUAUUUGUUUUGAUUCUGAAUCGUUGGUCGAUUCGGAUAUUGUUCCUUUUGAUUCUGAACCGUUGGUCGGUUCUUCUUUUAUUUUUUGUUCUGAUUCUAAACCGUUGGUCGGUUCUGAUGAUGAUAUUGUCUUACCUUGUUUUGAUUUUUUGGUGGAUUCAAUUACUGAACCUUCUCCGCCUAUUGUUAAACCUAUUGUUACACCAAAAUCCCGUUUUUCUCCAUUCUUUUACUUAUCUUUUGUUACCAUCAUGUUGUUUUCCUUGAUUUUAAUUGUCGUCUGGCAUCCUUUUUCAAUCUUGGAUUUAAGUCAUUCAGUCCAUCACGUUUUUGUUGCUGAAUCUACUACUUCUGCUGAGGCCAACUUAGUUGUUGGGUCUGAUUCUUUUGACUUUAUCCAUGAUACCGGUGUUACCAGUCACAUUUGCAAUAACAUCUCAUAUUUUUCUUCUCUUCGUCCCACUUCGGCUACCAUUCGUGGUCUUGGUUCUGCUACUGCUGAGGGGGUUGGCGACAUUGUCGUUGAUCUUCUUGGUAAAGAUGACCAGCCUUGUGACCGCGUUGUUCUUCGAGAUGUUUUAUAUGUUCCUAAGAUUCCUCGCAAUUUAUUUGCUGCUCGUCGAGCUACUGCUGGUGGUUGUCGGUUCAUUCAAGACCUUAACCAUAUUUCUGCUGUCGAAAAUGGCGAAACUCGAGUCCACGCCAUUGCCAUGGGUGACUUGUACUUUUGUCGUUUCCGAGUUGUUUUGCCUUCCAAGCCAGUCCAUGAGGUGUUUGCUGUUGAGUCGUCUGCCAAUCUUUGGCACAAGCGACUUGGUCACGCCAGUGUGGACGUUCUCAAGAAAUUAUCUAAGUCACUUUCUGUCAAGCCUACUCAUUUUGAGGUUGUGGAUAGUCAUAAGUGUGACGCUUGCUUGGGUGGCAAAGCCACAGCAUUGCCAUUUAAUGGUACCACAGAAAAAGCUAGUCGUCCUUUGGAGUUAUUUGUUUCUGAUUUAAGCGGUCCUCAUGUCGCUACCCCUGUGGGUCAUCGUUAUGUCUUAACCAUUAUGGAUUAUUAUUCCAGGUACUCUUAUGUGGAGUUGUUGGUUAGGAAAAGUGAUGCAAGUCUUGCCAUUCGUAACUUUAUUGCUAGGUGUGAAUCUUAUUUUUCUGGUGAUUCUGCUGGUGAUCGAGUUGCAUAUUUUCAUUCUGAUAAUGGCGGCGAAUACAUUUCCAAAGACCUGGAGCAGUUCUUUGUGUCUAAGGGUAUCAAGCAUACUUAUACAGUUCCUCAUACUCCUCAACAAAAUGGUGUUGCUGAGCGAUUGAAUCGCACAUUAUUUGAGAAAGCCAAGUCUAUGCUUUUAUAUGCUCAUGCUCCUGAAUACUUAUGGGGUGAAGCUGUCAAGUCUGCUAAUUAUAUUAGGAACCGUCUUCCUAGUCGUACCACUGGUGGUGUUGCACCUCUUCAACUUUGGACUGGUAAACCUCCUACUGGUGUUUUUGUUGGGUAUUCCUUGGAUCGUACAGCUUAUCGAGUUCUUCUUGAUUCAAGCAUUGUUGAAGCCAGGAGUGUUUACUUUGAUGAGUCCAAGUUUCCAUUUAUGAAAAGUGAUAAGGACUUGUCUAUUAAUGGUACUGGUGUUGGGUUUAGUGUUGGUUCUGGUUCAGGGUCCAUGUCAGGACCUUGUUUUGAUUCUAAGGGGACUGUUUUGGGUCUCAUAGAUCUUUACCAGCAUCCCUCAUCUGGUUCUGGUUCUGGUUCUGGUUCUAUUUGUGCUUUACCGUCUCCGUCUCCGUCUUCUUCUCCGUCUCAUUCUCCGUCGCCGCCUCCUUCUUCUUCUUCUUCUAUUAUUGUUCAUAAGCCUCGUUCUGUUCGUCGCAUUUUGUCUACACCUUCUGCUCCUCUUGAGUCUCCUACUCUUCCUUCUAUUGCUUCAGUUCCAUCUCUUCCUAGUUCUCCUAUUCUUCCACCUUCAGAUCAUGAUGUCUCUAUCUCUCCUGACUCUAGUCCUAUUAUUUCUUCUUCGGAAUAUAUUCCUUCACAAUUAGACUUAUCUGAAGCUGGUCCAUCUAUUAAUGAAUCUGAUAUUUCAGGUGAUUCUGGGAUCUCGCAACGAGGGGGUGAUAUUGGGUUUCAACCGUCUAUCAUUGCUUCGUCUCCCACUCCACCACCUUCUGUUGAAUUGGAAGUAGUGCCACUUAGUCAAGAAUAUCCUUCGUCUGAUCUUGUUAAUUCUCUUGACCAAGCUGGUGUUAGUGUUGUCACUAAGGAUGAUACUCAAGCUGUUUUGCCUAAAUCUCGAUCUCGUGUUGUUGCUGUUCGUUUACCUUCUAUAACUCCUGCCAAACGCCCGAGUUCUGAUGACAUUGUUUCACCUCCUUCUAAACACCUUUGUGAAAAUUCUUUGAAACAAUCUCCAGUGUCUGCAACACCUGCAAAACGUCCAGCUGAAGAAGAGUGUAUUUCUUAUCGUCGUCUCAAAUCUCUCCGCUUUGAGUAUGAUGAUGUGGCUUUUACUUGUUUUACAGAUCCUAGUAGUUUUGAAGAAGCUAUGUCUAGUGAAGAAGCUGAGUUUUGGCUUGAAGCCUGUGUUAUUGAAAUGUCGUCUCUUAAACGCAAUGGUACUUGGGAAUUGGUUGAUCUCCCACCUGGUCGCAAGGCUAUCAAUAGCAAAUGGGUAUUUAAAGUUAAGCGCAAAGCUGACGGUUCAAUUGAACGUUACAAAGCUCGUCUCGUGUGUAUUGGAUUUUCGCAAGUUGAAGGUAUUGAUUAUACUGAAACUUUUGCUCCCGUUGUUCGUUACGAGACUGUAAGGAUUGUUCUUGCUAUUGCUGCUCAGUUUGGGUUCCAGGUUCAUCAUAUGGAUGUCGAGACUGCAUUUCUUAAUGGUGAUCUCAAAGAAGAUAUUUAUAUGAGACAACCUAAAGGCUUUGUUGUCAAAGGUCAGGAAUCUAAAGUGUGUCAUUUGAAGAAGUCUUUAUAUGGUUUAAAGCAAGCUCCUUUGUGUUGGAAUGAGAAGAUUCAUGGUGCUCUUGUCAAACUUGGGUUUAUUCGUAAUGAAAGUGACUACGGUGUGUAUACCAAAGGAUCUGGGUCUACCAUGGUCAUUAUUGCACUGUAUGUUGAUGAUUUACUUAUUUCUGGCAAUUCUUCUGAAGUCAUUGCCAAAACCAAGUCUUCUUUGUCAUCUAUGUUUAAGAUGAAAGACUUGGGCCCAGUCGAGCAGUUCCUUGGCAUGAGAGUUAAGCAGUCACCUUACCAUAUUACUGUGGAUGUUUCGCGUUAUAUUUUUGAUAUGUUGGAAGAGUUUGGUAUGCAGAAUUGUUCAAGUGUCAAGACUCCUUUACCCACUCGUGAUCUUUCUGAUUUUUCCGAGUCUGACUCUGCUACCGAUGCCUCCAUGUAUCGCAGUAUUAUUGGUAAGCUGAUUUAUGCUGCUAAUUGUGCUCGUCCUGAUCUUGCUGUUGCUGUUAGUUUUCUUUGUCGAUAUAUGCAGAGUCCUAAGUCUAUUCAUAUGGAAGCUGCUAAGCAUACUCUUCGUUAUCUUAAGGGUACUGCUGAACUUGGUCUUGAAUAUCGAGCUCAGAAAGUCUACAAGCUUGUUGGCUAUAGUGAUGCCGACUAUGCUCAGGACAAGCAGGACCGUAAGUCCUUUACUGGGUAUGUUUUCAUUCUGUCUGGUGGUCCCAUUACUUGGGCCUGUCGAAAGCAAGUUAGUCCUGCAUCGUCCAGCGUCGAGUCUGAGUAUAUGUCAUUGUCUGAUGCGUCUAAGGAAUGCUUCUGGAUUAAUCAGUUGUUGUCUCUUUGCAAGAUUCCUGUUCCGUUGCCAGUGACUAUGUUUGAGGACAAUCAGGGAUGUAUUGCUUUGGCUCAGAACCCAGUGUUUCAUCGUCGUACCAAGCAUAUUGAUGUUCGUUAUCAUGUUGUGCGUCACUAUAUUCGCAGUGGAGUAAUUCAUCUGGAGUAUCUUGAUACUCAAGUGAUGUUGGCAGAUAUGUUCACUAAGAAUCUUGGUCGUGUGAAGUUUGAGACAUUAAGGGGACUACUUGGUAUGAAGGCAGUAGGUGAUUCUGCGACAAGGGGAGGUGUUGAGCAUGCAAUGUUGUCGCAGACUAGUGCAGUUGAUAAUGCACCUUUUUCUGCCACGUGUGAGGCAGUUUACUUCCGAGAUCUUUUGGAAGAACUUGGUGAAUCUCAACCAACGACUGUCAUCAUGGAGGACAACAAAGGUGUCCUGGAUCUCAUGAAGGACAGCAAACAUCACGAGCGGACUAAACAUAUUGAUACCAAGUACAUGCGCACCAGAGACCAUGUCAAAGCCGGCGAUACCCGUCUUGAAGCUGUUACUUCAGCAGAUAAUGUGGCAGACAUUUUUACCAAAGCUCUGGCUAAGCCGCAGUUUUAUAUUUGA